GAAUUCUGGCUCUGCCAGACGGGCAGCUGGAUGAGUAUUCGAGAGAGGCAGCCUACUUCGCAUCUUUGCUGGAGCAGGAUGCGGGCGUGGAGACGGCCAGCGGCAAGAUCGACCCUCUCAAGUGCCUGUCCAUCAUGCUGGAGAGGGGGGGCUUUGACCCGCAGGAGGCCGCCAGCAUCCCGCCCUUCGACUGCCGCACCAUCCGCAGGGUGGCCAGGACUUUCAAGGAGCGGACGGCAGUCGGGGCCGACAGGUUGAGCCCUCGUGACCUGAUGUAUCUGUCGGACCGCGGCCUCACAGUAUUGGGGUUACUUUGGCAUUUGAUGCUGGACACGGGCAGGCUCCCCUCCCAGGUUUCAUUGAUCAUGAUUGCAAUGCUCGAGAAGCCCGAGGGCGGAUUUCGGCCCAUUGGUCUCCUGCCCACCGUGGUGAGAGUGUGGGGACGCUGUGCCAGAUCUGUCGCUCGUGAGUGGGAGAUGAAGCAUAAGCGUGAUUUCUUUUAUGGUAGCACAGGCAUGUCGUGCGAACGUGGAGUCUGGGAGCAGGCCUUCACUGCAGAGCAUGCGCGGAUUACGAACACAUGUGCAGGGGCGGGCCUGCUCGAUUUGUCCAAGGCGUACGAGAGAGUGAUGCAUGGACAUUUGGUCGAUGCGGCCCAGAUGACGAAGUUCCCAUUGGAUAUACUCCGAUUGCUGCUGCGUGUAUACCGUUGUCCUCGUCUCCUCGCGGUAGGCCUGGUAGCAUCAGCGCCUGUCAUGUCGGAGCAGGCGAUUGUUGCAGGGUGCACGUUCGCCACUACGCUUCUGAAGGUGUUAUUGAUUCGCAUGUUGGACUGUGUGAAGGAGGAAUUUCCUUUCGCGCGUGUGUACAACGUGGUGGACGAUAUCACGGUAC